GCAGCGCCGAGCCGGGGCGGCCAUGGGGCUGCUGUCGCAGGGCUCGCCGCUGAGCUGGGAGGAGACCCAGCGCCACGCCGACCACGUCCGUCGCCACGGCAUCCUCCAGUUCCUGCACAUCUACCACGCCGUCAAGGACCGGCAGAAGGACGUGCUCAAGUGGGGCGACGAGGUGGAAUACAUGUUGGUAUCUUUUGAUCAUGAAAAUCAGAAAGUCCAGUUGGUCUUGUCUGGAGAGGAAGUUCUUGAAACUCUGCAAGAAAAGGGAGAAAGGACAAACCCAAACCAUCCUACCCUUUGGAGGCCCGAGUAUGGAAGUUACAUGAUCGAAGGGACACCUGGACAGCCAUAUGGUGGAACGAUGUCUGAGUUCAACACAGUUGAAGACAACAUGAGGAAACGCCGAAAGGAAGCAACCUCUUUAUUAAAAGAAAAUCAGGCACUUUGUACAAUAACAUCAUUUCCAAGAUUAGGUUGUCCUGGGUUCACAUUGCCUGAGUUUAAACCUAACCCAGUUGAAGGAGGUGCUUCCAAGUCUCUCUUCUUUCCUGAUGAAGCAAUAAACAAGCACCCCCGUUUCAGUACCUUAACAAGAAAUAUUCGACAUAGGAGAGGAGAAAAGGUUGUUAUCAAUGUACCAAUAUUUAAGGACAAAAACACACCAUCUCCAUUUAUAGAAACAUUUCCAGAAGAUGCUGAAGCAAUGAAGGCUUCUAAACCUGAUCACAUUUACAUGGAUGCCAUGGGAUUCGGGAUGGGCAAUUGCUGUCUCCAGGUAACAUUCCAAGCCUGUAGCAUAUCUGAGGCCAGAUAUCUGUAUGAUCAGUUGGCCACUAUCUGCCCCAUUGUUAUGGCUUUGAGUGCUGCAUCUCCUUUCUAUAGAGGCUAUGUUUCAGACAUUGAUUGUCGCUGGGGAGUGAUUUCUGCAUCUGUAGAUGAUAGAACUCGGGAAGAGAGAGGACUGGAGCCACUGAAGAAAAAUAAUUAUAGGAUUAGUAAAUCCCGUUAUGAUUCAAUAGAUAGUUAUUUAUCAGCAUGUGGUGAAAAAUAUAAUGACAUCGACUUAACUAUCGACAAAGAAAUUUAUCAACAACUGUUGCAGCAAGGCAUCGAUCAUCUACUGGCCCAGCAUGUCGCGCAUCUCUUUAUUAGAGACCCACUGACUCUGUUUGAAGAGAAAAUAAACCUUGAUGAUGCUAAUGAAUCUGACCAUUUUGAGAAUAUUCAGUCCACAAAUUGGCAGACAAUGAGAUUUAAGCCCCCUCCUCCAAACUCAGAUAUUGGAUGGAGAGUAGAAUUCCGACCCAUGGAGGUUCAGUUAACAGAUUUUGAGAACUCAGCGUAUGUUGUGUUUGUGGUCCUGCUUACCAGAGUGAUCCUUUCUUACAAAUUGGAUUUUCUCAUUCCAUUGUCAAAGGUUGAUGAAAACAUGAAAGUAGCACAGAAACGGGAUGCUGUCUUGCAGGGAAUGUUUUAUUUUCGGAAGGAUAUUUGCAAAGGUGGCAACAGUGUGGUGGAUGGCUGCGGCAAGGCCCAGAACAGCACAGAGCAGGCUGUGGAGGAGUACACUCUCAUGAGCAUAGAUACCAUCAUCAAUGGAAAGGAAGGCCUGUUUCCUGGGCUGAUCCCCAUUCUGAACUCUUACCUCGAGAACAUGGAAGUGGAUGUUGACACCCGAUGUAGUAUUUUGAACUACCUAAAGUUAAUUAAGAAGAGAGCAUCUGGAGAACUAAUGACAGUUGCCAGGUGGAUGAGGGAGUUUAUUGCAAGUCAUCCCAGCUACAAGCAAGACAGUGUAAUAACUGAUGAAAUGAACUAUAGUCUUAUUUUAAAGUGUAACCAAAUUGCAAAUGAAUUAUGUGAAUGCCCAGAGUUACUUGGACCAGCAUUUCGAAGAGCUAAAUAUAGUGGAAGUAAAACUGACUCUUCGAACUAAAUAUCCUACAGAAGGAAAAUUACAUUACUGUCUAAGAACUUAGUGCCAUUCUACAGAACUUACUCAGCCCAUGAACAUAGUGUGACGAACCUGCACUGUUUCUUGGGUCAGUGGGCCAAAAGUGUAUUUUCUGCUUUUAUUCAUAGGUGAAGAGUUUAUACAGUGUACAUGUACAUAGUAUUUUUAUGAUUAACAGUGUAUUUUAAUAACAUUGUAUCUAAAGUAAUUGUUAACUGACUUGUACAUUUUUCAGUUAUUAACUCUGGGGGAACUGCUAUCUAAGCAGUUUUGUGUAAAUGUAAUGCACUGGUAAUUGUAA